GUGCCGCAGACCGGCAGAUUAGCCCGGCUCAACGCGCCAUUGAGAGCAGCUCGAUUCAUUUUUAGCUGAACGGACGAGGCUCCUGCUUCAACAACCACCGGCUCUUUUUCGGUCCUUUGUUUCCUCGGAAUUUAACCGGCUCGGUUCUCGUGUACUGUGCGACUCUUCAGUCCUUAAGGAAUGCCCAGAGAGCUGACCCAGAACAGGAUCCAAAAGAUCUGGGUGCCCACCAAGGAUGACAAGCCGGCACCUCGCAGAGUGGCCGGCGCCCCUCACUUCGCCAACCCCCCCACGGUCAUCGUGAUGGUGGGUCUUCCGGCUAGAGGCAAGACGUACAUGUCCAAGAAACUCACCCGCUACCUCAACUGGAUCGGCAUGCCCACCAAAGUCUUCAAUGUGGGAGAGUACCGCAGAGAGGCGGUCAAGAACUACAGCUCCUAUGACUUCUUCAAGCCUGAUAAUGAAUGUGCCGUGAAAAUCAGGCAGCAAUGUGCCUUUGCAGCCUUGAGGGAUGUCAAAUCCUAUCUGAAGGACGAGGGAGGCCAAGUAGCGGUCUUUGAUGCCACAAACACAACAAGGGAAAGGCGAGACAUGAUCCUGCAGUUUGGCAGUGAGAAUCAUUUCAAGAUCUUUUUCAUCGAGUCCGUGUGCGACGAUCCCAGCGUCAUCGCGUCGAACAUCAUGGAAGUGAAGGUGUCGUGUCCUGACUACCGGGACUGCAACAAGACUGAUGCCAUGUUGGAUUUCCAGAGAAGAAUUGAAUGCUACAAAACCAGCUACCAACCUCUGGACCCUGAUCAGUAUGACAGGGAUCUCUCCUUCAUCAAGGUGAUAGAUGUGGGCCGCCGUUUCCUUGUCAACCGGAUCCAGGAUCACAUCCAGAGUAAGAUCGUCUACUACCUGAUGAACAUCCAUGUUCAGCCCCGCACCAUCUACCUGUGUCGGCACGGAGAGAGCACCGACAACCUGGAGGGACGGCUGGGCGGUGAUGCAGGCCUCUCAUCUCGCGGCAAACAGUUUUCAGUUGCCCUGGCUCGGUUUGUGGAGGAGCAGCAGCUGCAGGAUCUGAAGGUUUGGACAAGCCAGCUGUGCAGCAGCAUCCAGACUGCAGAGCACCUGGGAGUCCCGUACGAGCAGUGGAAGGCUCUCAAUGAGAUAGACGCUGGACUGUGUGAAGAGAUGACGUAUGAUGAGAUGAAGGAGAAAUUCCCAGAGGAGUUUGCUUUGAGAGAUGAAGACAAAUACUACUAUCGCUACCCAGCUGGAGAGUCCUACCAAGAUCUGGUUCAGCGGGUGGAGCCGGUCAUCAUGGACCUAGAGAGGCAAGAGAACGUCCUGGUUAUUUGUCACCAGGCUGUCAUGCGCUGCCUGCUGGCCUACUUCCUGGAUAAAAGUGCAGAGGAGAUGCCCUACCUGAAGUGUCCCCUCCACACGGUGCUGAAGCUCACCCCGGUCGCCUAUGGGUGCAAAGUGGAGUCCAUCUCUCUAAAUGUGGAGGCAGUGAACACCCACAGGGACAGACCGGAGGAGGUGAAGAGGGGUCCUGGCACCUUGAUCAGGAGGAACAGUGUGACUCCUCUGACCAGCCCCGAGACAAACAUCAAGAAACCUCGCAUCGAUGACCUGGAUGAGGCUCCAAUCCAGGAGCUGCCCCCGUCUGUUGCCUCGCUGGCACUCUGCAGCCCCUCACACAUCCCUCUCGCCCUAGCGGGACAGCACUGGCUGGGCAAAGUUUGCCUAACCUGAGGAGAAGCUCAUCUGGUCGCCGAGACGUCCUGCAGCCCUGCCAAUGAAAUUGCAAGAAUGUGUCACGUGGCUCUAGAGGCCGGAAAGUGGAUCGCUGACAAAGACUCAAUGAAGGCAAUAACACAAAACAACAAGGAAGAGUAAAAUUGAAGAGUUACUUUUCAACAUUCUCAUUAAAUGUAUCAUUUUGUCAGCCGAGAACACAAGUAACUUUUUUCCUGUUUCAUUCAAAAAGGACCAUGGUUAAUUAAUCACUGUCCUAUUUAUGUUCAAGGAUAUGUCUUGCUACUGUCAGACAUUUUCUUUCUGAGAAUGAAGAAUCUGUGUUUUUUGGGAAACCUUUCCAAACGUCGUGCAUUUAAUUCAUUCAGAAUGAAGGAAGCUAACUGUGACUCAUUUAAAUCGACAGUCAUUCCUUUUACAUCUCACUCCUCAGAUGGCUCUCUGGGAAACCAGUCUCUGCUGGUUUAUUGUUUAGGAGAGACCAAAGACCAACCCUCAUACCUGGAUAAAUCUUUCAGCCCAUCCUUGUUUUUUCAACUUAUGGUUGCACUGGUUUUAAGUGAAGGAUUUAGUAUUUAGUUUACAUUGUAAACUCUUUGGCACUUCUUUGGAAGCACUGGCGUCAUUAUUUAAUUGACUCCUUUGUAUGCUGACACUAAAAUAAGCGAUUAUUUUGCACAGUGGGGAUAAAUUUGUACUUUUGUUUGUUUUCUGUGUCACUAUGUGUUUUUUCACGUCACUUUACAUCACGGUAAUGGAGGUGAUUUUUGCCGUAGAGUGCCUGUAGUGCUUGUUUUGCAAGCCCGACGCUGCUUCUCUUGCCAUUUCUCUGGAACUGGUUGCUCGAGAAGGGGCACCACAUAUCACCUAAUAACUCCACAUAUCACGUCAAUAUUUUACUUUUCACAGUUUGAAUAUUUAUUUUGCAUUUUGGUUAGUUUCAAUGCUACAGUGCAUGCUGAUUAUUCAACAGAGUUCUUAAUUUUUCAAGUUUGUUUUCCUUGAUUUCCUGUUGCUGUCUGCUACGCACAAAUGUUAGCACCUAUAUUUUUGUUAUUACAACAAUGCGUGCUUUUAAUAAUAUCUUGUAAAUGUUAGUGUACAUACAGUAUAACUGGAAAUGCAUGGGAGAUGACUUUCUUGGGAGUCUUUUAAUGAAAUGAGUGUGUAGAAAUAUUUUUGUACUAAUGAAGAACACGAUCUGUUGAGAAAGAAGCCGCUGCUUACCUCUCUCAGUAAAACUUUUGUUAACAUGUUUGCUUGAGAUACUUGAAAUUUGUUUGUUUUUUUAAUGUAAAAAUGUUUUAUUAUAUUCUUUAUUUAUUUUUCUGUAGUUUUGGAUGUGUGGAACGAGAGGCACCUUGAUAUAAUUGAGGGUUAUGCAUGAGAGGACAGUAUGUUGUACAGUUGAUUCUGCAUCUGCUGGACCAAUAAAUUAACUCCUGGAAAAUA